AUGGAGCUUGCGAUGGCCCCGACAGAGGGCUUUGAGCAGAUGCCAAUGCAUGUCCCCAUCGGAAACUUGGGGCAACAAGUGUCAAUGCAGCCCUUGAGCCACCAACAGCAGCAGCUGUUGCAGCAACUCAACCAGAAGACGGACCAGUUGCCAACUCAACACCUUCAGACGCUCCUGCUCCAACAAGCUCUUCAGGGCCAAGGUUGCCAAACACCGCAGCCUCAGGCUCAGCUGCCAAACCUGCUCACGGGUCGGAUGUUGGACCCCACUGCGGGUGCGCCAACAAAGACAAGUGCGGCGAUGCCUGCUGUGGCAGCUCUUCCUGGGGCAAUGCCAGCAUUCUAUCCAUGGAUUUAUCCUUUGGAUCCUAGCAUGGUUGGAGGUAGCGUGCUGCCUGGCGCAUGGGGAGUUGUGAACAUGGGUGCAGGCGGUGCAUCGCUGCCGGCAGGGACGCAGUCCGCUGAAAGCGCCAAACCAAGUUCCAGUGAGAUGGAGACUGCUCCUCAGGCCAAAAAACGAAGCGGCCGCAAAGGAAAGAAGGAAUUUGAAUCCACCACGACUGCACCACUUGCCGUAGGUGAACUCAUUGGCGACACUGCUGUCCUGGGCGCCUUGGCAGAGGUUCGGCGUGAUGGAGCAAAGAGCCAGGUGCUUUUGCGAGACGUUCUAUCGCAUGUUGCGGAGUUGGCCCAAGACACCGAGGGCAGCCGCUUUCUGCAGGCCAAGUUGGAGACGGCAAACACCGCUGAGCGCAGAGAAGUCUUCGAAGCACUACUCCCAAAGAUGGAAAUGCUGGCUGGUGAUUCUUCCGGAAGUGCCGUGGUCCAGAAAUUAUUGGACAUUUGCACUCCUGAUCAGCGCCGUGCCAUUGUAGAGAGAUUCCGCCAGUCCGUCGUGAAGCUGUCUCUGAAAAUGCACGGUUGUCGCGUCAUCCAGAAGGCAUUUCAAGUUUGCCCACCAGAACUUCAAUCCAUGCUUGCUGGAGAGCUCAAGCAUGGAGUUCUUGACUGCAUCAAGAGCAUGCAUGGCAAUCAUGUUGUCCAGAAAUGCAUUGAACAGAUGCCUCCAGAAUCGGUGUCCUUUGUAGUGGAAGCUGUGGAGGACAAGGCGGAGGCCAUGGCAGCGCACAUCUAUGGCUGCCGCAUCAUCCAACGUCUUCUGGAGCACUGCACACCAAAGCGCUUGGAGAGGAUGUUGCGGCAGAUUCUUCGAAGUAUCCGAAAGCUGUCUACCGAUCCAUAUGGCAACUAUGUGAUUCGUCACAUUCUCGAGCAUGGGAAUCCAGAACACAAAAAGAGCAUUGUCAAUGAGGUUUGCAACCACGUGCUGGAGCUUGGCAAAGACAAGCAUGCGAGCAACGUGGUGGAGAAGUGUUUUGAAGCAUCGACUACGGGGGAACACGCGUCGUUCCUGAAAGAGGAGCGUCAACGGCUCAUCCGUGCAGUGCUUGGCCCUGAUCGAGUGGAUCCCUCGGAUCGAUCCUCUCCACUAGUGCAGCUGAUGGACGAUAGGUUUGGAAAGUAUGUGGCCAAUAGUUUGGUUGAGUAUAGCCGUGGACCAGAGGAGAUGAAGGUUCUCUACAAUCGUAUUGCAUCUGCUCCAGGGAAAAAGGCCAGCAUUGCCUCGUUGCUUGAAAUGCUCGAGAGGCAGCUUCAGCAGGCUCAAUACCAGCAGAUGGCCCAGCAGCAAGUGCUUCAGUUUCAGCCCCUACGCGGCAAGCAGGGGUGUGCAAAGUGA